AUCAUCGCAGCUCGCCAGUUUCCGGUGUUCCCCGGUUGUGAUCUCCAGUUUGAACUCGACCACGACUAUGGCAUCUCGUCUCGGAAGACAAGCUUUCGCGCGUGUUACGCGCACUGCCCGCCCCCGCUUCGGCGCUCCCAAGCGCUUCAUGAGCGCUGACUCUCACGCACCCAAGGCUUCUUCCGACUUGCCCUGGAUUGCUGGCGCACUGGCUGUCACCGUCCCUUCUCUUGCAUACCUCCUCAAGGACACCUUCGCCAUCAAGGCUAAAAUCGCUGCUGGACAUCACGGACACGACUCGCAUGCUGAGCACACCGAGAAACAUGACCCGGAACCAGUCGCGGAGACCCCCGCAGAGCCGGUUAUCAUGAAGGACGAUGAGGGUAAAGAGGAAGACGUGUCGGCUUCCGUCGAACAGGCCGUGGAAGCGGAUGCUCCUGUUCCCGAAGUCGCAUCUACCCCCGCAGAAACCGCUCCUGAGCCUGCUGCCGAACCACCAAAAGAGGAGGAAGAGGCCAAGUAGGCAACUAGAUCAGAGUAUAUACUGUGUGAAAUCAGCGAUAUAUUCUUCCGCGCCGUCAUGCCGAUCUUUAGCUAGCUAGCGGUGGAUCACUGAAGAGGAACGUCCACAACGCUUCAGGAUUCCGAUAGUCAUGGUGGACUAUGCUGACGAGCCACCGCUCUUCGCCCACUUUCUCCAACAACUUCCGUUCUUCUGAUUGGGGGUUGAAAAGGGAUGCCCAUUCUUGCCAAAUUGAAUAUGCUUCAUCCUAGCGCGCGGUCAGGCCCCCUUCCAGUAGCGUCUGCGGGUGUACGCACUUUCCAUGACAAGAACGAUUCCUCUUCGAUGAUUGUAGUCUGGACGACUUCCUGUCCGGGAAAGACACCCCAUGUGACAGCAUUCCGUGCACCGUCCGGGACAUUCCCACGACAGUCGCCCUGACGUUGUUAGCGCAUGCGAUAGUGAAGAAUCGCGGGGGACGCGCACCUCUUUACGACCUGCAAACCAAUGCACCCACCCUUCUCCUCGUUCAAUCACACGCUUUUCGAUCAAGUCCACGUCUGAUGCCGUGCAGAAAAACUCCACGAACCCCUUCUGGAAGAUGUAGCCAGCACGAGGACCCCAGCCUACGAUCUGGUCAUUGGACGGAGCACCAUCGACGGCUGGCUGAGAGCCCACAGUCCACCACCCUCGACGAGUAAGACGCUCGAGAUGCGGAAGGAUCAAGUGCGACUCGGCUGAGAGUGGACCAGGAGAGAAUGGUGUUACGAGGAGUGAGCCAUGCAGAUGACCAAGGAAUAUGUCCGUCAGGUCUUCGACAGUGCGCGGGUUCCCGCACUGUGAAAUGAUCUCGGCGUGCUUUUGAAUAUUAUCAGCAGAACCCUUGACUGUUAUGCCUACUCGCUUACACCGACGGCGGGACCACCCCAGAGGCCGGUGUCUCCAUAAGCGGGACUCUUAAAGUCUCCGAAUCGGCCGUUGGGAAAGUCAUCCCAACUAGAGGCGUUGUUGAGUUCGCCACGGCCAGCUUCUCCCUCGGUUUGAGGAAUAUUUGUUAAGCCUAGAGUAGCCGAUGAAGUGGCUGUAGAUGGUGUUAUUGUCAGUUCGUUUGCCGACGACGAUUCCUAGACGGAUUGUGAAGGAAGAUUCUUCCAUCAAGCUGGUGAAAUCACCUCGAUGAGUUUGUUGGGGAUCAUGGCUGGGGAACGGGUCCAUGUCAAUCCUUCGAGAACACGUUGCACGCUUUUCUCCAAGUUGAGUGUGCACAUAUGAACUCCCGGUACAUCGCCUUCCGCUGUCAGCCGCUUGAUCAUCUUCACCGCCAGCUUGACUCCGAAAUCCUUCACUAGUUGGUCAUCAUUCUGAGGCGCGUUAGCGCGGGCUGUGGAUCGGGCAGGGUAAACAUACCCGAAUGGGUUCCAACUCCGCCAAAAUCGAGUCGGGCACUCGAGCGCCACAAAGUUUGGUCAUACGCAAGAAGGACGCGUAGGUCUGGAUGGGCAUGACGCCAGGAAUAAUCGGCACAUUGAUCCCUGCUUCACGAGCCUUGUUCUGCCACUGUAAGAAGCCGUCGGCGUCGUAAAACAGCUGCGUGACGACGUAAUCUGCGCCGGCAUCAACUUUGAGUUUGAGAUACUCUAUCUCUGCGGUUUCGUCAUCCAGCUGUCCUGUGUGUCCAUCUGGGUAACCAGCGACACCAAUACAGAAAUAGGAAGCAUAUUCCGGAAGAGACCGGAUGUACGCGACCAGAUCAGUUGCGUGCGUGAAUCUUGGGUCGGUUGGGAUCCAUUCCUCCUCGCCUCUUGGAGGAUCU